AUGGCUCCCUCGGACAAGAAGAUCGAGGCGGAGCUCCUCUCAACAGUCCGCGAUGUCUUCAAAACCGACAAGGAUCAGCUCACGGUCAACCACAUCCGCAAACGCGUCGAGAGCGACCUCGAGCUCGAGGACGGGUUCUUCUCGUCGGGGAAGUGGAAGGAGAAGAGCAAGAAGCUGAUCAAAGAGCUCGCUACCGAGCUUCUCGAGAGCCCCGACGCGAAAUCGUCUCCGCCGCCCGAGCAAGAGGUAGUCGCGAAACCUAAGAAGACCGGCAAGCGCCAAUCGACAGAAGCAUCCCCGCCGUCGAAACGCAGAAGGCGAUCAUCUACUCCCCCGGACGAAGAACCCGAGCAGGAAGAGUCGGAGGCUGAGAAGCCUAAGCCGAAAAAGAAGGCAGCUCCGCGCAAGAAGUCGCGCGCCACAGUUGAUUCUGACGAGGAGCUGAGUCCAGUCAAGGCGAAGCCAUCUAAAGCUAGGAACGGUCGCGCCAAAAAGGAAGAGAAGGUCCAAGACAGCGACUCGGACGCUUUAAGCUCGCCACCCGAGAGUGAUGAUGAGAAAGAAGACGGAGACGCUGAGGUAAAAGACGAACAGCCGGAGGCAUCCCCCAAGGCAGCGGCCAAGGAGAAAUCCCCGGCUGAGACCAAGGAUGACGAUGCGUCUGCCGAGAAGCCCGAGCCUCCUAGCGAGAAGAAGGAGGAGACCACAGUUCUGGACGAUACAUCAAGCGAGCUGUCGGAUGUCAUCGAUGAGCCGCCUAAGCCGAAGCGCAAGAAGAAGGAAGCCGGAGCACCCAAGACGGCCAAACCCAAGAAGGAGAAGAAGGCCGCCGCGCCAGAAAGCGCGGAUGAAGCCGAGAUCAAGAAGCUACAGUCUCACUUGGUCAAGUGUGGCAUUCGCAAGAUCUGGGGUUUCGAGCUGAAGCAAUAUGGGGACAACUCGAAAGCCAAAAUCAAGCAUCUCAGGGGCAUGUUGGAAGACAUCGGCAUGGACGGUCGCUUUUCCGAGGCACGGGCGCGGGAGAUCAAAGAACGCCGGGAGCUCGAGGCCGACUUGGAAGCGGUCCAGGAGAUGAACGCGAACUGGGGCUCUGGAGGCCGAUCAUCACGCAGCAAGGCGCGUGAACAGCCGGCGAAGAAGAUCGUGGAAGAAGAACCUUCUGGUGAGGAGAAGAGCGACGGGGAUGAAGACGAUGACGAAGAGGCGCACAUAUCUUCACGCGCUAGGGGAAAGGCGCGGGCAGACCUGGCGUUCCUUGGUGACGAUGAUGAGGAUUCGGAUUAA